AUGGUCGACUUUAGUGUGUUCCAUGGUGGCCGAGAAGUUCAUCUUAUCGGUCUGUGUUCUUAUGGUUUCAACGGCGGUAUCAGAAAUGUUGUAACAAAUUUGAAAAGGACAAGAAAUCUGAUGUUUUUUAAAAUCAUUUUUCUUAUACUGCUGACGAUUAUCCUUUCGGAAGUUCAGUCAUGUGAUAUCCAAUUGAAACUAGUGAGUGAAACCGACAAAGAGGUUGAAGUGCAGCUUAUCAUUCCCGGGCUUAGACUAAAAACUGAAAAACUUUCUUUUAAGAAGAAAGGAGAGCGACGACUUGUCAAAGUCCAAGGCAAAAAUUGUUUCUCUGACUUCUGGACGAUUAAACUUUGGAAGAAGGAAGAUGGUAACUGGGUGCUUGCUGAAACUACAAAAAGAAAGCUUGACGGAAAUGGAUGGAUUCAGUUCCGGAUCGACGAUAUCCCAAGGGUCUCAAUGCUAAACGGUUUCGGAGUUAUAAACUCUGGACUUUGA